AUGGCCGAGACUAAGAACACAUCAAAGACCUUCCAGCUCAACACGGGCAAGACCAUCCCCGCCAUCGGCCUGGGGACAUGGCAGUCCCAGCCCGGCGAAGGAGAUCGUCGAGGCGCAUCAGCCGCGUCGGGCCGUGCCGCGCGAGGAGAUCUUCCUGACCAACCAAGCUCGACAACCCCUGGCACAAGCGGGCCCCUGAAGCGCUCCAGCGCUCGCUCGAAAACCUGGGCGUGGAUUACCUCGACCUAUACCUCAUGCACUGGGCCGUCGAGCACCACCCCCGAGGAUCUCAAGAAGCACUACCCCGACUGGGACUUUGUCGACACCUGGCGCGAGAUGCAGAAGCUGAUGGACACGAACAAGAUCCGCAACCUGGGUGUUAGCAACUUUGGCAUCAAGAACCUGGAGCGGUUGCUGAAUGACCCGAGCUGCAAGAUCGUCCCGGCCGUCAACCAGAUCGAGCUCCACCCCGGCAACCCGUCCCCCAAGCUCAUCGCCUACUGCGCCGAGAAGGGCAUACACUGCUCCGGGUACUCGCCCCUCGGCAGCAGCGACUCGCCGCUGUACAAGAACGAGACGAUUGCCUCGAUCGCCAAGGCGAAGAACCGCAGCGUGCAGCAGGUGCUGCUGAUGUGGGGUGUGAAGAAGGGCUGGAGCGUGCUGCCCAAGAGCGUCAACCCGGACCGCGUCAAGGCCAACUUCGACUUGGACGGGUGGGACCUGACGGACGAGGAGGUGGCCAAGAUCGACAGCAUUCCGGAUCGGUUCAAGGUGUGCGGUGAUGCAUGGCUGCCGAUCAAGGUGUUCUUUGGCGAUGACGAGUAA